AUGCUGCUGCCGCUGGUCUGCCUCCUGCAGCUGACGGCUGGCGCCCCUGUGGGCAAGGAGCUUCACCAGGUGCCAGCCAGCGUCCUGCAAGCACUGUCCAGCCGGGGGACGCUGGUCCUAGAGGCCGCCCUGAAGAGCGCCCUGGUGGCCCUGGAGGGGGCGCUGGCCGAGCACGAGCGGCAGCUGCGGGAGUGUGGGGAGUGUGCGCCCUGCCUCUUUGGGGACUGCGGCAACCGGAGCGGGGAGUGUGCCCCCCCGGAGGCCCCUCUGGCUCCCCUGCCCAGCUGCCAGGCUGUCCUGGAAGCCCAGGCUACCCCGGAGCAGGCCGAGAGGAACUGGGCACUGAGCAAGGCGUGUGCCCCGUACCAGCGCCUGUGCCCCGCUGACGCCCUGAGCCCUGACGCCUGCGUCCGGCUGAUGGCCGGGCACUGCCAGCUGCGCCUGCAGGAGUGCAGGCUGCAGAGCAACAUGGAUGAUAUGAACGGCCUCUCGGACCAGCCGGCACCAGGGACGUGUGGCCGGGGGGUGGUGGCACCCAAUGCCACAGCAGCCAAGGGCAAGAUUGUGGGGGGCAGCGUGGCCCCGCGGGGCGCCUGGCCCUGGCUGGUCUCGGUGCGGCUCGGCGGGGAGCUGAUGUGUGGCGGGGUGCUGGUGGGGGCCACCUGGGUCCUCACGGCUGCGCACUGCUUCGCCGGGAACCGCAAUGAGCUGGCCUGGACGGUGGUGGUGGGGGACUACGAUCUCGCCAAGUGGGACGAGGGCGAGCAGGUGCUGCCCGUCAACCGCAUCAUCACCCACCCCAAGUUCAACCCCAAGACCUUCCACAGCGACAUGGCGCUGCUGGAGCUGGGGCGCCCGGUGGCCCCCUCGGCAUGGCUGAGCCCGGUGUGCCUGCCCGACGGUCCCGAGGAGCCCGGCCCAGGGACGCCCUGCUACAUCGCCGGCUGGGGGUCCCUCUACCAAGAGGGGCCAUCGGCCGAGGUGGUGAUGGAGGCUCGGGUGCCCGUGCUGAGCCAGGACGCCUGCUGCAGCGCGCUGGGCAAGGAGCUGCUCACCAAUGCCAUGUUUUGCGCCGGCUACUUGGCCGGCGGCAUCGACUCCUGCCAGGGAGAUUCGGGCGGGCCCCUGACGUGCCAGGAGUCCGGGUCGCAGCAGUCCGUGCUGUACGGCAUCACGUCAUGGGGGGACGGCUGUGGGGAACAGGGCAAGCCGGGCGUGUACACCCGCGUGACGGCCUUCGCCGACUGGAUCCGCCGCCAGAUGGACAAAUCACCCGAGAGCAGAGAGCCCACCUGCUUCGAGCUGCUGGCCGCAUCCCAGCUGCCCGGCGAGCGCCAGCGUGCUGAGCUCGCCCACCUGUGCUCCUUCUAUGCCCAGUCGUGUGCCCCGCCCCAAGGCCAGGCUGCUUGUGCCCGGGUCGCCGAGGAGACCUGCAGGAUGAAGAGGAGGAGAUGUGAGCUGCGCUCCUACGCCCAGAUGCUGCUGGAUUUCCUGCGCCGGGCCGAGGAGUUCUUCCGAAACCAGGUGGACUUCGCCUUCUUCACCCACACCCUGCCCCGCUUCAUGGAGCAGCUCUACGGGCAUCUCUUCCCUGUCCGGGCUCGCCGGGCCACCGCAGGGCAGGGGGCCGAGGGGCAGGCAAGCCCUGAAGAACUCCCGAGCGCCCCCAGCAGGACCCAGCCCCCACCCUUCUUGGCGCUGUUCCAGGCCGUGGGCCCCACGCUGGAGGACUGGGUGGGGGAGCUGAGCGCCAUGGCUGGGGGCGACAUGGCCCCCCCAGCUCCUGCACUGGCCGCUGGGCAACUCCGUGGGGAGGAGCAGCUCUUCCUGCAGCAGGCCGAGGGGGCAGUGGAGGCGCUGAAGGGGCACGGCUGGGCCUUUCUCCAGCGGCUGCGGGCUGAGCUGGGGGCCCGAGGAGCAGGGCCCCUGCCGGGAGCUGCCUCCCCGCUGAACCGUAAGUGCUUGCGGCAGGGACCUGCGGCUGCUGGGGGCCCGUCCCUGCGGGCGAGGCGAGAGCUGGGGGGAGCCCUCCCCAGCGACGAGGGACCAGGCGAUCGCAGAGGCUGCCCAGGGCUGCAGGAGGCGGCGCUGCAGGUACGCGCCGUGCGGGAGCUCUACCGCUGGGUCCUGCAGGUGCCGGAGCGGGACCUGGCCAUGACCUUCCAGGAGAUCCUGGUGGACCUGGGCUCCAAGAACGCCAAGGGGCUGUACAGGGCGCGGGUCCGGGCCACAGUUGGCGGGAAAGCCACUGCCUUCCCCGCCCUGGUAGGGCUGGAGAGCGACUCGCUGUACCGCAGCAUGCCCGGCCUCAUCGCCUUGGCACUGGCAGCUUUGCAGACCUAACGCGGCCCCCGCUGCCCCCAGGUGGCCCCUGGUGGAGAGAGGAGAGCUGGCCGGGGGUCCCUACUCAGCGCCAGCCUGGAGACGUGGCAGCGCCAGAGCCAGGCAACGGCCGAGACCCUCAGCACAGCAAGCAGGAUCCGGCCUGGCACAGCCUGUUGCCAUGGAGACUGCUGGGACCUCAAAGCCAGCUCCUCACAGCAGGGCCUUCCCUAGGCAGGGGGGCAGCCAGGACUGGAGGGGUCCCCUCCACCUCCCAUGUACCCUGGAGUCUGGGCCAGCCCCCCAGCUGAUGCAGGGGCUCCAUGGGGCUGAAAUGCAGCCCCCCCCCACACCUCAUGGGGCUAAGGCAAACUGCAGCUGUGUGCCCCUUGGCAGGGCAGGGCCUGGGCAUGGGCAGCUAGAAAGAACAGCCUCCCCCUGGGCUUUCCUUUCUUGGCAGAGCUGGGUCCUAAAGGGCUCUAACCCUGGGCCCCCAUGCCAGCCCUAGCAGCUUCAGCUCCCUGUCAAACAGCCACCAGAGGGAGCCGAUUCCUUUGGGGGGUCCCCAGGCUCCCCCUUGGGGGCGCGCCUCU